AUGAUCAGUUCAAUAAAUGCUUUCAUAAUGAAGUUGGAAUUAUGGAUAUCUCAAAUCAGAAAAGAAAAUUUUACCCAUUUUCCUAACAUUGAAGAUGAAUUCACAAAACAACUUGUGAAUAAAAAUCAUUAUGUCAAUGAAUUUGCUAUGGUACUAGAAAAAAUAAUGAACGAGUUUAAUAACAGAUUUAGCGAUUUCAAGAAAAUUACUAUAUUAUGCAGUUUCUUUGUUUCUCCGUUCAUGGAUGUAGACAUCGAAAAUAUUUCAGAAGAAUUUAGCAAGAUUUUUGACGUUGAUCGAAGAAAAAGUCAAAUAGAAAUUAUAAAUCUAAAAAAUGACAUCACUUUAAAAUUACAUUCAAAUGUCAACAUGUGGAAAUUUAUGUCUCAGGAAAAAUAUCCAAUUUUGAUUGAUUCGUAUCAACGAAUUCUUUCAUGCUUUGGAAGCACAUAUUCAUCCGAAACAUCAUUUUCAAGUAUGAAAAUGAUAAAAUCUCAAUACAGGACACGUUUAACGGAUGACCAUCUUGGGGAUUGCAUGAGAAUAGCAAUAAGCUUAUACGAGCCAGAAUUUGAAAUAAUCGCAAGUGAAUUACAAUGCCAAAAAUCGCAUUAA